AGUUUCUUUUUCUCUGUCUUUGCGUGCGGUUCAGUUUUAGAAGUAGAAAGAAUCGUUCAAGUAGAGGCGAGAUCCGUGCGUUUUCCUUUUACCCGACUCGAAUACAAAUUUUAAACAAAACAAAAAAAAAGGAAUUCCCAAAUAGUUAUCAAAUGCAGUGUGCAACAAAUGCAAAUUAACUAUAAACUAUACAAAAACAACAACAACAACUAUAGCCUUUUGUGUGUAGCAAUUGUGCAAUACGUAAAAUAAAAAAAAACAGAACAGAUAAACAGUCGAAAAAGUUAAAUACGCAACGUAAAAAAGAAUCUCAACAACAACAAAAACAUUGUGAAACAAAGUAAACAAUUGUUAAAGCUUAAAAAAAAACAAAAAAAAAGUAAAAUUAAAAAAACACAUACAUACAUACACACAACAACAUGAGUAUAUGUGAGAAUAAGACCGUUGUGCAACAGCAGUUGCAACAACAAGCGGCCGCUGCCGUUGCGGCUGCCGCAGUCGCUGCUGUUCAGCAGCAGCAGCAGCAACAACAGCAACAACAACAGCAACAGCAGCAACAACAACAGCCCCCGCAAGUGGUGCCACAGCCACAGCACAUGACGCCCCAACAACAACAGCAGAGCACACAAAGCAUCGCCGACUAUUUGGCACAAUUGCUAAAGGAUCGCAAGCAGUUGGCCGCCUUCCCAAAUGUUUUUACGCAUGUCGAACGCCUGCUGGACGAAGAAAUUGCACGAGUGCGCGCCUCCCUGUUCCAAAUCAAUGGCGUUAAGAAGGAGCCGCUAACGCUGCCCGAGCCAGAAGGCGCCAUGGUUACGCUGAAUGAGAAGGUUUAUGUGCCAGUGCGCGAGCAUCCAGAUUUCAACUUUGUUGGUCGCAUUUUGGGACCACGCGGCAUGACUGCCAAACAAUUAGAACAAGAGACUGGCUGUAAGAUAAUGGUACGCGGCAAGGGCUCUAUGCGUGACAAGAAGAAGGAGGAUGCUAAUCGUGGCAAACCAAACUGGGAGCACUUGUCGGAUGAUCUGCAUGUCCUGAUCACUGUCGAGGAUACUGAGAAUCGCGCCAAAGUCAAACUGGCCCAGGCUGUUGCCGAAGUGCAAAAGUUGCUUGUGCCGCAAGCCGAAGGCGAAGAUGAACUAAAGAAACGUCAACUUAUGGAAUUAGCCAUUAUUAACGGCACUUAUAGGGACACAACAGCGAAAUCAGUCGCAGUGUGCGAAGAGGACUGGCGCCGUUUGGUUGCUGCAUCGGAUAAUCGCCUGCUGACGCCGACACUGUCCGGACUGUCCCAGAUACGCACAUCCGCCAACGCACCACUGGGCGCCCCCUUGAUACUUAAUCCACGCAUGACCGUGCCCACAACAGCGGCCAGUAUACUGUCCGCCCAGGCAGCGCCGACAGCUGCCUUCGAUCAGACUGCACAUGGCAUGAUCUUUGCGCCGUAUGGAGACUACGCGAAUUAUGCAGCACUGGCCAAUCCUCUGCUGCAGGAUUAUGCUGAUCAUAGCGGCGCCCUUAAGCAGCAACGUCGUUUGGCGGCUAACAGAGAACACCCAUAUCAGCGUACAACGGUCGGAGUGCCAGCCAAGCCGGCGGGUUUCAUUGAGAUACAGUAAAUGCCACAUGCGACAUGAAUUUCGUUUCCCUAAGAAACAGAACGUUUACCCAACAACAUCAUUUUAUUUAUCUAUCUAAAGCAAAUUAUUCAAUUUUUUUCAAAAUGUUAAAAAAAAAAAAAUUAGAGAGAACGAUGAUCGUUAUCGUUUAUCUUGCACACACAAUUAUGUGGAUUAUUCAAUUUAGUUCAAUUAUGCUAACGAUUUUGUAUUUAUUUGUUUUGCAUUCUAUAUAAAAUUUAUUUCAUUCUAUACUUGUUUAAAACGUCUUGUACCAAUUGCCGCUGCUGUGUAUACAAUGAAACCCUGCCAGUCCAGUUGGCCAGGCCGGUCUGUGCAGCUCCGUAACUCAGUUAACUCAGUCCAAUAUAUAAAUCAAGCGCCUCACAGGUUAGUUGUGUUUCUACUCAUCUAUAAAUUUCCUUUUUUUUUUUUAUUACUUUUAUUUGUUUCACAUGAAGUGCAGCUGCAAUUUCAAUCACAAUAAAUGGUAGCUGCAUUCCAUUUGUGAAUUUUGGUUAAUUGACCAACACUCACAAAAAAAAAAAAGAAGAAAAGAGAAAAUAAAAUGAAAAUUUAAAAAUACAUCAACACUGACAGACACAUGCUGCAAAAUACUAGUGCAAUAGAAACAGAAAAGCCGCUUAAAGCUGCUUAAUUUAAAAAAAAAUCAACUUGUUUUUAUAUAUUUUUUGUUCGUUUAUUUUAUUUCUUUGUUGAAGACGUUGACUUGUGCCUUUAAUGUUUUACAAAAACAUACAAAAAAAAAAACAUUAAAAAAAUUACAAAAAAAAAAUAGGUAAGAAAUUCGAUAAUCAAUUUCUACUGCAAACUCGAAAGCAAAAGCAAUUUAGUACUUUUUGUAUUACUUUUUCUUAAG